AUGGUCAAGAAAGCUAAUGGAAAGUGGAGAAUGUGUGUAGACUUCACAGAUUUGAAUGAUGCUUGUCCUAAGGACUGUUUUCCUCUCCCAAGAAUAGAUACUCUGAUCGAUGCUACAGCUGGGCACGAGAUGUUGAGCUUUAUGGAUGGCUUUAGUGGAUACAACCAGAUCCGAAUGAAUAAGGACGACAUUCCUAAGGUAUCAUUCAUCACUGAUUUUGGUAUCUUUUGUUAUUUGGUUAUGGCGUUUGGUUUAAAGAAUGCAGGAGCCACAUAUCAACGCCUGGCAAAUAAGAUGUUCAAACAUCUAAUUGGAAAAACCAUGGAGGUCUAUGUUGAUGAUAUGCUAGUGAAGAGCUUGAACAAAGCUGAUCACCUUGAACACCUAAGAGAGGCUUUUGAAGUCCUGAGGACACAUAAGAUGAUGUUGAAUCCGGCCAAGUGUGCCUUUGGAGUUGGGUCUGGAAAAUUUUUGGGUCUGAUGGUCUCAAAACGUGGGAUUGAGGCCAACCCCGACAAGAUAAAGGCCAUCCUUGAUAUGGAGCCGCCUAAGUCUAUAAAGGAUGUUCAAAAGCUAACAGGAAGAAUCGCGGCACUAGGACGUUUCAUCUCGAAGUCCGGGGAUAAGUGCUUGCCCUUCUUUAAGGCUUUGAAGAAAGUUAAAGAUUUUGAAUGGACAAGUGAGAGCCAAGAGGCCUUUGAGCAGUUGAAGAAGUAUAUGGCAGAGCCACCACUCUUAUCAAAGCCCGUGGAUGGAGAAACAUUAUAUGUCUACUUGGCUGUCUCUGAGAAAGCACUGAGUGCGGUCUUGGUUCGUGAGGAUCGAAAAAUCCAGAAACCCGUCUACUAUGUUAGUAAGAUUUUGCAUGGAGCGGAGCUCAACUAUUCUGUGAUUGAGAAGUUUGCCUUAUCCAUGAUUACAGCUUCAAGAAAGCUGAGGCCUUACUUCCAGGCUCACAAAAUUGAAGUCUUGACAGACCAGCCCCUUAGGAACAUAAUGCAUAGCCCGAAGGCUAGUGGGAGAUUAAUCAAAUGGGCAGUAGAGCUUGGGGAAUUUGAAAUUCGAUACAAACCACGGGUGGCAAUCAAGGCUGAAGCUCUAGCUGACUUCCUCGUUGAAUGCACCAUUGACAACAAGGAAGUCGGGGGGGCAGGAGAUGGGGCAGGGCUGGUGCUCCGAAGCCCGGAUGGCUUCACGGUCGAGUACGCGAUCAAGUUAGACUUUCCAACUACCAACAAUGAAGCUGAGUAUGAGGCCCUUAUAGCUGGAUUGGGAUUGGCGAGAACCCUGAGGGUUAAAAACCAGAAAGUAUGUGGGGACUCAAGACUUGUGGUGUCACAGGUUAAUGGAGAAUUUGAGGCACGAGAAGAAACAAUGCUGAAAUACAUAAGGAUUGUGAAAGCCCAGAUGACGCAAUUUAAAGAAUGUUUGGUAGAACAUAUACCUAGGGAAGAGAAUACAAAGGCUGAUGCCUUAUCCCAGUUUGCAUCCUCAGAGAAUGAGGUGUGCUCGGGAAGUGUUUACUAUCAGGUUUUGAAAACCCCAAGUAUCAAUGCCAAGCUGGUAGCCCCAAUUGACACGGGGGCCACUUGGAUCGAUGAGGUCAAAACGUAUCUCGAAACUGGACAUCUACCACCUGAUGCUGGGGAAGCACGAAAACUACAAGUAAGAGCUUUAAUGUAUGCACUCAUUGAAAGGAUUCUCUAUAAGAAAUCUUGUGUUAUACCUUAUUUGAAGUGUUUAAGGCCGGAUGAGGCCCGGGAAGCCCUGAAAGAGGUCCAUGAAGGAAUAUGUGGCCAGCACCUAGGCGGGAGAGCCUUGGCUCACAAAAUUACUCGCCUUGGGUUCUUUUGGCCAAAUAUGCUGAAGGAUGCGAAGGAUUAUGUUAAGAGAUACGAUCGUUGUCAGAGAUUUGCACCUGUUGUGCGCCAGCCCCCAGAGAUGCUGACAUCCAUUAACUCCCCGAUUCCCUUUGCUAUGUGGGGGAUGGACAUCCUAGGGCCGUUUCCACUCGCCAGUGCUCAAAGGAAGUUUUUGAUAGUGGCUAUUGACUACUUACCCAAGUGGAUUGAGGCCAAACCCCUGGCCAAGAUAACCACCAAGCAAGUUGCUCAAUUCUUCUGGGAAAACAUCAAAUGCAGGUAUGGCAUACCCCGAGUCUUGGUUACUGACAAUGGAGCCCAGUUCAACAAUCCAGAGUUUGUGGGAUACUGUAACGACUAUAUCAUUGAGCUACGAUUCACUUCGGUUGCCCAUCCUCAAGCCAAUGGGCAAGCUGAAGUAGCCAAUAGGAUAAUCCUUGAUGGGCUAAAGAAAAGAGUCGAGAAAGCGCAUGGGUCUUGGGCUGAAGAGACUCUCCCUAUACUAUGGGCAUAUCGAACAACCUGCAAGGUCUCCACCGGAGCAACCCCGUUCCAGUUAGCUUAUGGGGCUGAAGCCGUGGUGCCACUUGAGAUAACUCAUACCUCCCCCAGGGUCCAGCAGUAUGAGCCCGAAGCCAAUGAGGAAGGAAUGAGACUCGCACUCGACAUGAUCGAUGAGGUCCGAGAUGAGGCUAACGCCAGGGUCGUUGAGAGCCAAAAACGAGCUUCCUAUUACUAUAAUCUCCGAGUCAAGGAACGAUUCUUCAGAAAAGGGGAUUUAGUCCUAAGGAAAGCUGAGGCCUCAGGAGUUGGUCCUAAGGGAAAGAUGGCCCCAAACUGGGAAGGUCCGUAUCAGGUGAAGGAUGUUAUUGGUCGCGGCUCGUACAAGCUUCAGACCCUCGAUGGAGUUGAGUUUCCAAGGAGUUGGCAUGCCACCAACUUGAAGAUUUAUUAUAUUUGA